GAGGGCCCUGAGCUAAGACAACGGCGGAUUGGCUUCACUGCCCGCAGACAAUAUAGCGUCGCCAGUGCCCACUCUGAUUGGCUGCAGGUGAGACAGACGCCGGCCGGCCGCCGUGCUCGCCAAGGGGAUUGGCUGCGAGGAUGCAAGAUGGCGGCCGCGCGUGUCGCCGCCUAACGGAUGAACUGCCAGCACCCAAUAUGGAGGCCGGGCGGCAACGGCGCCCACGGAUUGGCUCGCCCGCAGUCAAGAUGGCAACGGCGCGGCUUCUCAGCCCACAACCAAAAUGGCGGCAGCAGCGUGCGAGAAGCGGCGCCCGGCUCCAACCCCGGCGGCAGGGCCGGCACGAGCAGGGGCUGGGGCGGAGGCUCCGGGCCGGGCUCUGGAGGACGCGUCCGAGUUCCUGCGCCAGGCCGGGGUCACUGCCAUGGUGCGCGAGGCACUGCUGAAGCUGCUGGAGGCGCGGCCUGAGGAGCCCGUUACCUUCCUGGCCGACUACUUCGAGAAGCUGAUGCUGAGCAGCCCCGAGGCGGCGGACGGCGGCGGGGACCCCCGCGGGCAGCUGCAGCGCCUCGCCCGGGCGCUGUGGUACGUGCGGCUCGCCCACCACUCCCACAGGACAGCCUUCAACAACAACAUCAGCAUGGCUUAUGAUUGCCUGGGUGCCAGUGGCAGGAGGAAGAAGCCGGGGGUCAAUGGGAGGAUCUACAGCGAGCUGCUCAGGAGGAUCUGCCAAGACAGCGAGGCCCCUCAAGAAGUCACUUCUCCCCUGCUGCAGAGGAUCCAGUGCCGGGACCACGAGGCGGUGCCGUUCGACGUCUUCCGCUAUGGGGUGCUCACCUGCUUCGUGCUGCUCGAGUUCGUGGCCAAGGCGGACACACUGUACGAUGUGCUGGACGAUGGCUCUGGCAUUGCAGACAAGAGGGUCUGCCAGGCCGUGCUGAGCACCCUGGAAGAGGCCCUUGGAGCCAGCGACUUCUCUGUGCCCAUCCGGUACUUGGAAGCUGGCUCCAAGCUGGGCCCAGACUGUCUGGCCUUGGCCAUGGACCGUGCGUUGCUGGAGAGGAAGCUCAGCACCUCCAUGAAGAGGGAGGAGUUUCUCAAGAAAGCCGCAGUCCUGUUCAUCGCAAAAGUGAAACCCAUUGAUUGAUGAUCUCUCUGGGAUCAAGCCCCACUACCCCCUGCCCUUCCCUUUCCACACUCUCUCAAUGUUGUUUUAGGGAAAUAAUUUAUUCUUAGUUGAACUGCAAAUCCUAGGACUGGAGAUCUCCCAUCAAGGCCGCAAAGAGAGCCAAAGGGACUGAGCAGGUUCUGCUCUUUGCCUGGAGAGCCCUAGAUCCUUUGGACUCUCAAGUCCCUCUCGCUGCCUCGUUGUCCCAAGCACCAGAAAUGCCACGUAUGCCCCUGAGCCUCCUGUUUUUACAGUGUUUGAUUUUUUUUCAACAGGUAUCUGCAGCUUCUGUGUCAAUCAUAGCCUGAGAUGCUUCUGGAAAACCCAUAGCUGGCAGGGCAGCAUGAGCCAUCCCAAAUAAGGCAGUGGACUCAAUGCAGAACGAGGAGUUGAGACCUUCCUGGCUUUGACAAUGUAGCUUUGAACGCGACACUUUGAUUUUAUUUUCCCUCCCUGUAAAAUGGGGUGAUCAAGCCUACCUACCUCGCAGCCUAUUGUGAGGACUAACAGGUAAAGAGGAUGCUGAGUGCCACAAGUGCUAACUUGUAUAUUAAGCAAUUUUUUCAGUACUUUAGAGAGGACAGAUUCAUUGCCAGAAAGGAGACAGUGUUAAAAAGUCACUUCUGUGCCAAGUAGCAGCAGUGUUUCCAGAGCCUCUUUUAGCGUUCAACUAUUCUUGGUCAUACUAUGUUUUACUGAACUUGCUUCCAUGCCGUAACCUGGAUGCUGAACUAUUGGGUUCAUACGAGAUGUUUUUGAAGCAAAGUGGGUACAGCUUAGCUGGUGGGUUUGGAUUUUGAGCAGUGGGCAAGGGGCAAAAACAGUGUAAUCUCCUUAAAAACAGGAGUCCUUGAUCUUUUAAAUGGUGCUGGUGUUUGAACCGUACCUUUAUUUAUUGGCAUCCUAGCAUGAGUAUUUAUUACUGUGGCAUGGUUUUUGGGUUAUUGUAGGACAUUAAACUUUUUUUUUUUUUUUUUAGUCGCAAAUCGCUUUCCUCAGUACUUAGUGCGCUGCUGGCAUUCAGGGCUGCUGUAGGUCUCCCAUGCUAUUCUGUGAGAAGCAUUUAUCCAAAGUUUUGGAAACUCUUUCCAAAUGCUGCACUAACCGUGCAGUUCACCAUUCUCCAGGCUGGGGGCAGGAAGGUGAAUAGAGCCGAACAGCUAAAUGCCGAGGUUUUGAAGAGGCCUCUGAUCUUGCUUGGGGGUUUAAUCCUUAGGACUUUUGUUUUUUUUCUAGUGAUUUGAGGUCCCUAACUUCACAGCAAAAGCUCCCUACAAAGCCAGACUUCCAGAAAGUGUUUCAAACCAAGUACCCAAGUCACUAGACUGGUGGCUUUUGACUUUUUUUUAGGCUCAAGGCAGCCCUCAGAAAAUUCCACCUCCUUCUGUCUUCUCUCCCAUUUAACU